UUUUCCAAAUUUAUCCGGGCUUUAAUUAGAACUUUUUACGUGUUUGACUACAGAGCUGAGAUGUGAGGAAUACAUGUCAGCUCAUACCCAGAAAGUACUGAACUUUAACACAAAGGUCUACUUUAAGCUUUUUCUGCUCUUGGGGCUCCUUCUCACAGCUGAUUAGUGAGUACAUCAAAUACAUGUACAACCUUUUUCCACAGGAUGCGUUAGAAAGACACCACACUUCUUUGAAGAAGCAAAGAGUUGCUGUAAAACACAGACUGAAAGAACUGGCGGCACGUCAGUCAGAAAUCACUAAAAAGUCUACAGCAAUAAAAGACAGUGUAUUGAGGAAAUAUCAGGAGAUCCAUGCCGUCCUGGAGGAGGACAUGCGGAUUACCUUGUCUCACCUGGAGAUGGAGGAGAGGGCUGCUGUUUCUGCUUUGGAUGCGUUCAUGGAGAGAAACUGCACUCAAAUACAGGAAAUAGAGCAAGAAUUGGCCAGAAUCUCUUUAGCUCUGGAGCAAAGCAACACAGAACCUGAUACAAUGUCAUUCUUUUCAUAUCCUGAGCUGGACAACACAGAGAUAGCAGAAAGAGUGUCGGAUGUUCUCAACCAAUCAGAUCCUAGCAGCGUGAGCCUCGAUGAAGCUAAAGCUAGCCAGAUCCUCACGCUCACCAAUAACAUGCUGCUCCUUGUCCGCUCACAGACUCCUUUAAUGAAGAAACUCCUGAAAAGCUAUUCCAGUGAGGUGCACCUGGAUCCACAGACGGCCCACCCAAAGUUAAUUAUCUCCCCUAAAAGUGACAGCGUCUCCUACACAGACACAUGGCAGAAACUCCCUGAUCUACCAGGACGGUUCGACACCACCCUCAACGUCAUCAGUCUCCAGGGGUUCCGCUUUGGUCACCAUUACUGGGAGAUAGAUGUUACCGGAAAGACUUACUGGGAGCUUGGUGUUACCUACCCCUCCAUUCCCCGCAAAGGAACCUCUGAGGACUGCUGGCUGGGCCGAGGAGCAGAGUCCUGGUGUGUGGAGUUCUUUGAUGGGGAAUACACAGCCUGGCAUGGAGGGUUACCCCAUCAGCUGCCCUUCUCUAAACGUUUUAGUCAGAUUGGUGUUUUCUGCAGCUUUCCUGCAGGGCUGGUGACAUUUCUUGAGGCAGAAAAAAUGAUGCCCCUAUUUUCAUUCUGUGCUGGAACCUUUUUGGAUUGCCUCCACCUAGCCCUGUGUCCUGGUCAUGACCAUAAUGGCACUAAUUCAAGUCCUAUUGUAAUCUGUAAUGAAACAUCCCCUACUAGUGACCUGUAGCUGGAUAACAUUAGUAAUAAUGCUGACAUAACAAAAACAAAAAAACUUUAAAACAACACAAUAAAUAUGCUUACCACAUAUUUCAUGAUGAUUUUCACUGAGCAAUUUUGAAACUAGAUUUAUAUGAUGCCUGAUAUGGAUCUGACUUUUAAAACUGCAGGUCUGAACAACAUUGUUCAGGGUCACUGAGCUGAAUGGGGCAUGGAUCUCAUCUUCCAAUAUAGCACUUGAGCCAGCAAGCUGCAAUAUGUGCAUUUGCUGCAAAAACAACA